UGUGCUCGUCUUAAAACAAUAUUUCGUGUUGAAAAGCCGCACUGAAACAGAGUAUUUAACUAAAAACUGGACUCAAUUUGUAAUCUUUACUUUACGUUGUGAUUGAAUUUACCCGGAAGAUCGAAAUCGAAAUUUAAAUACCUAUAUUGAUUUGCCCUGAGGGUAUGGAAUGGAUUCUAAGUCAUCAGAAUCAGACUUCAGAAUUUUGCUGAUUGGACGUACUGGACAUGGUAAAAGUUCCACUGGUAACACAAUCAUUGGGGAUAAUGUAUUUGAAGUAUCUGGACAAUCGAAAUCGAAGACAAAGACGUGCAAAUGGUCAAAGAAAUACAGACGGUUUGGAAAAGUGGUUGAAGUCGUAGAUACUCCGGGAAUUUUUGAUACAGAUUUAGAUCACAAUGCCAUACGCAAGGAAUUACUGAAAGCUCUUGCUCUGUCCACUCCUGGCUUCCAUGUGAUAGCUUUUGUUCUGAUGAAAGGUCGAUUUACAGAGGAACUACAGAAAACACAAGAUCUAUUUUUCAAGUGGUUUGGUCCAGGUGUAGAAAAGUUUGCAUGUGUUAUACUUACUGAUACUGACAGUGAAGAUGACAAACGAGAGUACAUAUAUGAAGAUCCUCAAGAGAAACUUGCAGCAUUGGUAAAGACAUGUGGUGACAACGUAAUACCCUUGAAUAAUAAAGCUUCCAACGAAAUAAAAGACCUCCAGGUUAAACGUCUUUUUGAGGUGGCUGAAAACAUCAAGCAAAAAAAACUGUAGUCGGCAUUUUUCAAAUGUUGCAUUCCAGUUGGCUAAGGAAUACAUUAACAGUAAAUGCCCCAAAAAACUGACAAUGGAAUCAAUACAUAUUUUGCGACAAAAUGGUUUAAGCAUGAAACUAAAUGGCAAUCAAUGCGAAUAUUUGGAUAAAGUUUUUACAUUGUCCACAGAAAAUGCCGACGAACGAAGAAACGAAAGAAACCAGUACAGUGCAGGUAUAAACUUGCAAGACAAAACACCAUCAGCAGUUUCGAGUGUAGCUGUUUUCAAUGAACAAAGUAAAAUAUGUGGAAAUGGAAGCAUGGGAAAUCUGCCAAUAUUUGAUAGCAGCUCGAACGAAAGAAUCUGUAACACACAAGGCAGACAGCGACAUAUGAGACAAGACGUAGAAAGGAUCGACUCGGAUAAUCCUUCUUCAUCCGAAAUACAAAUUCCAGAAACUAGUACUGACCAGUCAUAUUUCCAAACCGUUCAGGUAUCUGGGAGACUUAAUGAUCAGUCAAACAGCAAUAUAUCUCAAAAUUUAAUACUUGCAAAAUAAUAUCAAAAUGAAAGUAGAUAUUAUUCAGAUCUACAACAAACGUCUGCAUCUGACCAAUCAGAAGAACAAAUUCACCGCGUUAAACAGAGGCCAAGUUCUAGACGAGACCGUAAAAUAGACAUCGAUAGUGUAUACUAUGAAACGCCUGGGCAUCCUACAACUGGGCAGCCUACAAUUACAACUGGACAACCUACACCUGGACAGCCUACAACUGGGCAGCCUACAACUGUGCAGCCCACACCUGGGGAGCCUAUAGAUGACUUCAAAGAUAAGGUUAACAAAGGGGAAAAUGGAGAUGAAGAAUUGCAUGGAUUAUCGGGAUAUUUUACGAAAGCAUGGGAAUAUUGUAAGGGCAAAUUUAGCAGAUGCACUUUAUUGUAAACUCGCAAAAGCUAUAUACUAGAUGUUUUCUUGUCAUGUUCAUAAAGGACAGAUUCAUUUCAGAUCUUGUAUAAAUAAAUUUUUGAAGAUAACGCUUAGUCGUUGUGAAACAAUCAAGACAACUUUACUUUGAUGUGAAAAAUAAGACUUUUAUGACAUCGGAGGCAACUCAUUAUUUUACUCUCUGUGUGUUACUUAUACCUAGAUAUGACAUCAGCUCAAUUUUUGUAAUAUGUGUAUAUACCUAUAAGGAAAUAGCAUAAUAAAGUUGGUAAAAUCAAUUUUAAUUGUAGAUGUGCUACAGAUUUGUAUUCUUUUAUAUGCGAUAUGGUAUGUGCUUCACCCAGUAUAAUGGUUUACAUUUUGGUAUAAAGUGUUUGGUAUGUUAACCAUGGUCAUUUAAUAAAUUCUAUUCAAAUAAUUAUUGAAAUAGUCGUAGUACGUAAUUUGACAGUAA